CAACAUAGAGUCCAGACCAGAGGCGGAACUUCACGGCUCAUCUCCUCAACCGAACAGCACUAUCGACUGACAGAUGGAGAAGUGGAGAACAGCGGAAAGGAGGGGAAAGGGGUUGGAUCACGCAGCCAUGUCCGCGGACGAGACCCAACCGAAGGCCUGUGAUGAGAGAAUAGACCUUAGUGUAGCUGCCUCGUAUCAAGCUGAAAAUGGCUCCAUCACUACAGUUGGUUCUAUGGAAUCAGAGAAGGCGGCUUAUGCAUUUCUUCCUCAAACUCCUAUCGAGUCAACUGAUGAUCACCUUGUUGAGUUCGCUGAGGCUAUGAGAACUGUUGCAAAAGCACUGCGGCAAGUUGCAGAAGGGAAAGCUGCUGCUCAAGCAGAGGCAGCAGAGUGGAAGCGCAAGUAUGAAUUAGAGAAGGCAGUCAAGGCACACAAGCAUCACAGUUUAAUUAAAGGCUGCAGCAACUGUGUUAAGGAUAAGCUAGAGCAUUUGGCUAGUAAACUGACACUGGAGACUGCCUCAGCUGAUCAAGCAGGCUGUUGCGGAAACCAUGGGAUCUGUUCACGUCAAAUUCUCCAGGACCAAUGUCCUGGACCUAACCGAAAAUCAGAUGAUGAUAAGAUUGUUGGACAAAAGGCACCAUUUAGGCUUUCAUGGGGACUCAAUGGGGAUAAGAGCGGUCAGCACAAGCAUGAUUUUGUGUCCUUUGAAAAAGGGGAUAUAACAACCGCAGAACGCAGCAAUAAGCAGAUUUUGUUAAAAUGGGAAUCCCCUCCACAAACAGUUCUUUUUGUGACUAAACCUAAUUCUAGUGCUGUGCAUACUCUCUGUUCUGAAAUGAUUCGAUGGCUUAAAGAACAUAAUAAUAUGAACAUCUUUGUAGAGCCACGAGUUAGCAAGGAACUAGUGACUGAAGAUUCAUACUUCAACUUUAUUCAGACAUGGGAUAAUGACCAGGAAAUGAAGACAUUGCACACAAAGGUUGAUCUCAUUGUAACUCUUGGCGGUGAUGGAACUGUUUUGUGGAUUGCUGAAAUUGAAGGACUAAAGGAUAAGCAAAGAGAACCAAGCAUAGCUUGGGUGGUCAGCCAGCCAGGUGUGCUGGCAGCCACCAGAGCUCGAUCCUCGAAGGCUGCAUCAUUGUUCAGAGGACCAGUUCCCCCAGUCGUUGCCUUCUCUCUUGGAUCAUUGGGCUUCAUGACUCCCUUCCCAAGCGAGCAGUAUCGUGAAUGCUUGGGCAAUGUACUGAAAAGACCAUUUACCAUAACGCUAAGGAGCCGUCUGCAGUGUCAAGUAAUCCGUGAUGCGGCUAAGGAUGAAGUUGAGACUGAGGAACCAAUUAUAGUGCUAAAUGAAAUUACAAUUGACCGUGGAAUGUCAUCUUACCUUACCUACUUAGAAUGUUACUGUGAUAGUUCUUUUGUUACAUGCGUACAAGGAGAUGGGCUAAUAAUAUCAACGACAUCAGGAAGCACAGCAUACUCAUUGGCAGCUGGAGGAUCGAUGGUUCAUCCCCAGGUCCCAGGGAUCCUGUUCACACCAAUCUGCCCUCACUCGUUGUCAUUUCGGCCCUUGAUACUGCCGGAAUAUGUUACUCUGCGCGUGCAAAUACCAUUCAACAGCAGAGGGCAAGCAUGGGCAUCCUUCGAUGGCAAGGGUAGGAUUCAGCUAGGACCAGGGGACGCGCUCAUCUGCAGCAUAUCUCCUUGGCCUGUGCCCACAGCUUGCCUGGUGGACUCCACGACGGACUUUCUACGGAGCAUCCACGAGGGCCUCCACUGGAACCUCAGGAAGAGCCAAUCGUUGGAUGGCCCUGCUGCGUGAUCGACCAAGUUUAAUUGCACGGCAGCAUGUGUCGUGGCUGAGCCUGAGAUGUGUGAUAUUUCAAAGCAUCUCCUCGCAGUCGCAGCCCAACAAAAAACGGAGCAGACGUAGCAUGCUCUGGUGUUAGUUCGGUUCUUGAACGGGUCCUUUACCGAUUUACGUGAUUAUUACGUUCUAUAUACACUAGGCAUUAAAAAGGUAUGUGGGUACAUAUUAUGGUGUCAGUCUCGUGUGAACUACGGCGGCAAUAACGAGCGGAUUUCUUCCUUGCUUCUUAUAUCC